GGUACUCGCUUUGCACAACGCACCUACCAUUCUGUCAUCACUCGGUUGCGUGUUGGGAGGUUCAAAAAAUAUGUUCUAAUACUUGUCGCUGGAGUUCGAAUCCAGACAAUAAACAAUUCAAUGAUAAAUAGACUGCCCAAGGUAUGUUCAUACCAGAUACUUUAAGAAGCUGUAUGAUCGAGACGGACGUAUCUUCUUAUUUACAAACAUCAUCGACGGGACAGGAUGAAUUUCACCCCUUCAUUGAGGCGCUGCUGCCGUACGUCAAGUCAUUUUCUUAUUCCUGGUUCAAUUUGCAAGCAGCCAAGCGGAAAUAUUAUAAAAAACAUGAAAAGCGCAUGUCGCUGGAAGAAGAAAGACACUGCAAGGACGAAUUACAGAAUGAGAAGACAGAGGUAAAACAAAAAUGGGCUUCACGUCUGCUGGGAAAACUACGAAAGGAUAUUACGCAAGAGAGUCGGGAGGAUUUUGUUCAGUCAAUAAUCGGGAAACGUAAGUCGAUUUGCGUUCUUUCGAAUCCGGACCAAAAGGGCAAAAUGCGUCGUAUCGAUUGCCUUCGCCAAGCGGACAAGGUGUGGCGGCUUGACUUGGUUAUGGUCAUAUUGUUCAAGGCCAUUCCGCUGGAAAGCACCGAUGGAGAACGCUUGGAGAAGAACCCAGAAUGCCUACAUCCAUUGCUUUGCGUAAAUCCAUAUCACAUAAAUGUCUCUGUGAGAGAACUAGACCUGUACUUGGCCAACUUCAUAAACACACACAACGCAACGAUUAAUCAGCAUCCUUCAGCAAUUGUCACCAGAUCUCCACAGUUGACCUUAUUUACACAUCGCAGCGGAAAUCACCAGUCAGUGGAGAGAAAAGACGAUAGCGAUAGCAUUGAAAUGAAAAACGAAGUCCUGCGACACAAUCCCUACAAUGGUGUAGUGUGCAACGAUAUUAUCCUAGCCACGGGGGUAUUUUCAUCACAAGAACUUUGGUCGCUGUCUAAAGAUUCAAUUCUAGAUGAGGCAAGCACAAAUAGUUUGCACUCGAACAUAAUCAAGAGGGAAAACAUGGGAGCUGCGUACGACUGCAAUACAUAUCACCUGACUUCCGAUUCACCAAUUUCCGGCGGUAUUCAGAGCAUAGGCCAGGCUGGUGCCGGCGUUGUGGCUGGAACUGUUGUUGCCAAUCCCAUUUCUGGUGUUUACAGCAUUGACUUUGUGGAUCAAAGGAAUGGGUCGGGUGAAGUCUGCAAAGUUGACCACAGCAGCUCGCCGCCCACUGUAAACGUUACAUCUCGGCCAAGCACUUCGAACACCGAGAAUUGUGCCGGCAGCAAUUCAACCGGGGAGUCGACUCCUACAUCGGAUUCGGUCAUUUCGCUGCACCGCUAUACUUCGUUGAAUAGCAGGCCUUUAUCACAGAUUCGCACAACUGAGGGAAUAAUCCACCACAACUGCUCGGCAUUGCUAGCGACAUCGGCUAGCCCUGUUAACACAUUGUAUUACCCGCAACACUGCAGCAACCCACGUCCGUCACCAACGACGGCUGGAGGAACAAACGAAGACGACCAAGGUCAGCAGCAUCACCACCACACCGAGAAGUACACAACGGAGGCGGAAUCUCAUGAUAUAUCUGACUUUGUCACUUACGUUUGCCAAGAUUCUGGCCACUCCGCAACAAUUGCGGCAGCGAGCUCUGCGGAAAACCAUUCGUUUCAGCACUCACAUCCGCACUCACAUGGCCAUUCUGCACACUCGCAUGGGCACCCGUCUCAUUUUCAAAUCCAUCAACAGUUGCGCAAUUCUAAACUGGCAUCUGCAUCGCCACAUUAUCAAAUGUUGCCACCCAUGCUUCCACCUAUGGCCCGGCCUGUUGCCAUUAUCCGAUCUAGCAGUGAUCUAGCAAUGGUUCAGUCACCGCCGCCAUCAUCCGACUCUUCCGUGGCAAACCAGUGUUUACCAAAAAGUGCCUUGGACGACGACGAGAAUAAUGCGAAUGCUAUUGAAAGCACAAAUAGUCCACUAAACACGGACACUGGAGCCCAUAACGCCAGUUGCACUCCUCUGGUCGUAGCAGCAGUUUCACCGACGCAAACUCAGUCCCAGGAAGCAACAAGUCCCCAAGUUUGCAUUGAAACCGGCAGAUGUAAAAUAUCACCAAGCUCAGCCAGCGCCAGUUCUAUAACUCGAAUUGCUGCACCAAUGUAUCCUACAUCAAACGGUCGGGAGUUUUUCAAUCAUUUUCAUUCCCAGCCAACGUCGCUGCUUGGAUACGCUGGAUCCAUCUCCACCAUGUCUGGCGUUAUAAGCCCAACAAACUUAAGCCUAUAUUCUGCCCCAACUAUGGCUGUAACCUCUGCUCAUCGACCUGGAACGCGGACCCGAUGGAACGAAGACGAGCUCAACAUAAUUCCACACUCUGUAUCUAGUACAAAUAUAGAAAAUACGCAGGUUAUACUUAUGGAGGAUUCAAGUCGUUACAUCGAUGAGUAUUCUGCUAAUCCAAAUCGUGACUAUGUCUCAUGAUCCUACGUCAAGACAUCGUGAAGCGGACUUAUACUUACACUCUUAAGGCUUGGGCAUGCCAAACUAUUCACUAAAUAUAUAAGAUUUGAAUAUAAGUAAUUAGACAUACUUCCCUCACCCAAUAUGAACGAACAGGUCUGUGGCGGAUUUCUUAGCGAAAUUUGAAUUCGACAUGAUUUAGUCCUUUCCUGAACUGAACAAGUUAUGUUUAAAACGUCCGCCACUGAACACAUACCAGUCAUGAAUCCUAUUCUGGUGUAUUGGUAUCUGCACCUGUAGUAAAAAAUAUUAAACUCUCAUAGACUGGGGUUCUUAUGCAGAACUCUUUUUUACCGUCACUAAAAAUCAGAAUGAAUCGAAUCCUUGAUUGACAUAUGAGAAUCUGAGUGCCUACACAAAUUUGAAAGUAAUGAAGAUAUGUUCUCGCUGAACUUUGGUCAAAUAUCUUUAUUUCUUCAAAUUUAUGCACGCAACUCUCUUUCAUUAAGGGUUUGGUUAAAAAGGUUUGUUUGUAUAAACUAUUAGGUCGAUUCUGGUUAUUGGUUGCUGUGCAAUUCUCAAUAUUUUCCAUAGCAAGGCUUUUUAUACGCACUCAGUCUCGGUCCGACUGAAAUGCUAUUGACUUUAUUGAGAAUUGAAUUAGUUGCGAACUGCAAAGAUUUGAAAACGAAGUAAGGUUAUCUGUUACUAUAAAAAGUUGAAUAACUGUGAAGACUUAAUAUUUGAUAAAAAAAAAAAACUACACGGACAAUAGUAGAUUAAUUUAAAAAAUAGCCGUAAUGGAGCUGAAUUGAAUUCACAUCAAAUAAGUAUAUGGUAUUUAUGGAUAGUAAAACCUUGAACAACGAAUUCAAUCGUUGGUUAUCUAACAAAAAAAGAGUAAAAUUUCGAAUUGGAUCUCUGAACAUUAAAUUAAACAGAUGAAAUUGUGCAUGUAUGCACCACCCACUUUUCUUAACACUAUUUCGGAAUUUGAUUUCAUUCGUAUUUUUUAUGAGAAAAUAACUAAAAAUAACUCUUUUGUCAAUGUUAUUAAAGACACUACUGUCGGUUAUGGUUUUCCUAAUCUAAAUAGUAAUACCCAAUGCGAGAUUAGAAUGUGCCUACAUAUGUACAUGCUCAGCAUAGCCAAAAGUUUGGUCGAUUUGCGGCUAUAAAUAUAUGUAUGUAUGUAUGAUUUAUGAAAUACCUAAAGAAUAGAUUUCAAUAUACAUAAAUGUAUUCUUAUUCAAAAGUCAAAUCUGUAUUUUUUAACACUGAAAGCAAAAAAUAUGUUCGCUUGUUUUCAAAAUAUUAUCAUUUACAUACAUAUAUCCAAUGCAUUUGUACAUGUGUAUGCACAUGCAGAUCUUAUAUACAAUUCAUAGAAUUAGUAUUAAAAUAGACUUAUUGGACUAAAUAGUGUUAGCCGGUUAAUUAUACAGAGCGUGUACAUCGUAUGUAUAAGCAUAUAUAUAUACAACAUAUAUGCAUACUACAAUAUAAAUUUAAAUUUUGGCGAAUUUUCUAUAUGCUGAUAUCAAUAAAAGCAGGACCGAAACACAAUUUUGUACACCUUUGCCAACAAUUUUCUGAAAUGUUCGUAACACUCCAGCGAAUCUGUUCGUCACUCUUCACACUAAAUUUGUCUUUCAACAAUACUAAAUGACUUGUGUAUAAUGAUUCAUAAGAUUCUUUCUAUCAUAGAUUCGGGUCAUUAUGCAAUAUUUGAGGAAAACCUAUCUAGAGGAAAUGUUAAAUCAGUCAGAAAGAUUUUCAGUCCAGAGCUCAUUGAUAUCAGCAAAGGUUGCAAGAAUUUCCAUCCUAUGUACACACGAAUGAGAAAGAAAGAACUCUUAAAAUCGUGUAAUAUUUUAACCAUGUAUUAGUACAAUAAUAGUCAUAAGAGAAGAAGAUAACGGACAACGGGCAUGUGCAAAAAAGAAAAAAUGUAAUAAUAUUUAUAGUACGUUUACGAAUUGGCUGUGAAUAUAAUCUUAUGCUAAUGCUAAAAGUGUAAUUUAGUAUCAAACUCUAUACUGAGUAACACAUUUUUCUUUCCCGAAUGGCACCAGCGCCCAACAAGAAGAAAUGGAGAAGACCUCAAUCUCUCUGCACAUCAAAUUCUGUCUUAAAAAAAAAGUCAGUUUUAUUUGAUUCAUUAUACAAUGGUAAGCAUAAAUGGCAAAAUGAUAAAACUUAUUAGAAUUAUCACAAAUCGGAGCAAAUUAAAAUUGAGCUUGCCUAAGAAUUGACUUCUCAACUUUACACCCAGAAAAGAAUGCCAUUGUUCUUUAGCACUAGAGCCAUUCGGAAAGAAAACGAUGACCUGAAAUUUGUUGCUCAGUGUUACAAGUGCUUAUUAUUAACGCCUAUAUAUUAUAAAUAAAUAAAUAUAUA